AUAAACGAAAGCAUUCAAAAUCGACGUUAAAUCGAAUCAGAAAGCUUAGGACAUUGGAUCAUAGACAGGUCUUAAAUCGCUGUGAUAGCAUAUGCAACAGAGACUUUCAUGCGCGUGAAGUUGAGAGAUCGCUGCUGCGUGACGUAAACCAUCAUUCGUGCAGCUUUGAAAACAGCAUCGUCGCUCCAUCACUCAAGUCCUCUAAUAUACCGCUGCUGCUGAAGACACGGAUGCCAUGAACGGAUCGCCAACGACACAACUACGGGCGUCUAUACUCUGUUUAUGUGUUUAGCAGUGUGUGUACGUGUGUAUAUGAGUGUGCUCGGAAACCUGACGCGUCACAGCUCGCUCUGCACCAGCCGAGGCAGGCGGCGGUGCUGAGGAGUCUCUGCCGUCGCAGUUGCAGCCCAAGGAGAGGGGACUAGGCAAGCUCGUGUGAAUGUUGGCCGAGUUAAGGAACGCGGCAGGAUGGCGUCCACAGGCACGCAGAUCUUCGCCUUUGUGCUGGCAUUGCUAGGCAUCCUAGGUGCCACGGUGGCCACGUUACUGCCUAACUGGAAGGUGAGCGCGGAUGUUGGAUCCAACAUCAUCACUGCCAUCUCGCAGAUGCAGGGGCUGUGGAUGGACUGCACCUGGUACAGCACUGGCAUGUUCAGCUGUACGCUAAAAUACUCUGUGCUGGCACUGCCCGCAUACCUGCAGACGGCACGCACCACUAUGGUGCUCUCCUGUGUGCUGGCAGCGCUGGGAUUGUGUUUGGCCUCUUUGGGUUUAAAGUGCACUCGCUGGGGCGGGGGACGGCGUGCUAAACGUCACGCUGCCAUGGCCGCCGGCACCUGCUUUCUGGCCUCUGGCUUUCUCUGCCUUGUUCCUGCCUCCUGGUACACAAAUGAGGUUAUUGUCAGUUUCCUGGACGCCAACGUGCCAGAAAGCAACAAGUUCGAGCCGGGCGGCGCCGUCUACGUAGCCUUCAUCUCGUCUGGUUUCCUUUUUGUGGGUGGAUCCAUUUUCUGUCUGUCCUGCUCUGGGAAGCGACAUGGCCCCCAGGAUUUGAUACUUCUCCCUCCGGACAAACUCCUCUUGCAGCAGCAGCAGCAACUGCUGCAGCAACAGCAACAACAGGACCAGCUCCAGCACCAGUACUGCUCUCUCUCACCGCUGGAUAACAAGACUGGCUACAGCCUGCAGGACUACGUAUAGGGGACCGGUGGUUCUGGAGCAAGACAAGUGCAAUGUACUGCCACUCGACCUCUUGGCUCUCGUGAUUACAGCAUGGAAGGGCGAGAGGACCGCGAUUUUGAAGCAUUUCCCUUAUUGUUUUUGUCUCUCCCCUUUUUAAGAUCAGCAAGCACAAAACGGUGGAAGUAUUCCCUUAAGCGACGUCUACGAACAGACGGAUCGUGAAUACUGAGGGGCGAGUGGCAGCAACGCUGCAGCUAAAGCAGUGUUAAAGACUGAGCAAGACGAUAAAUUAAUGCACAUAUCCAGCAUCCUAGUAAAUCGUAUUAAAGUGUUCCUCUGGGAACGGAUUAGCAACAAGGGAAUGUUUCUGCUACUUCAAAUCCCACCCCCCUUCCCAAAGAUCUGAACUCAGAAGCAAUCGUUUUGCUGCUAACAAUCGUUUGGUAACCUCUGUUAAAGUAAGAUGGCAAUAUGUCUCUAAGAGGCAACAGUAUGGGAGAGCCCUUGUUUGGGAGAUUCUUUGCUUUUCUUUCUAUUUGAGUAAUGGUUGUGUUAAUGAAAUCUCUUGUCUUAUUUUGGUAGCUGAUAGGAUGAUUGAUAUUCUGCCUAAGCAUGCGUUCUGGAGCCUGUGCAUAAUGCAGUGGAAUGCCUGAUGUAGACUGAAUUGUAGCCAUAUAGCCUGUGCCUAAAGAGCUGUAGUACAUAAACCGCUGAAACUGUUUGGAGAGAAGUUGGAGGAGAGAGUGAAUAGGGGUUGCUGGGUCAGGCAUGUAUGGGAAAUCCAUAUUGAGGCUGAGAGGAGACUGCCCCUUCUUACGUCAAAUGGACGAUGUAAUGUUGUGCUGUUCAACACUUUCGCAUUUUGCCCCAGACAAAAGCAAGCUGCCCUGAGCUCGGGGUAUGCUGUUUGCCGCUCUAUCACGCACACACUCAUCGUGCUGCAUGUGUGCUUUUUACUCAUGCUGCUACUCUCACUGCCAUGGAAACGGGAUUCUACACCCAAAUACGUGUAUUGUCUAGAGUCGUAUCUCUCUGCACACUCAAGAGGAUGGUGGUCCUGUCUGUGACGCGCUGUAUGCUGUCAUAAAUCACUCCAGCCAACAGCAGAGGUUCGUGUCUAGAGACCUAGCCUCUGCAACACCCCUUCUCUCAGAUGGGAGGGUCCGUACCCUGCUGACCACCUCCGAGCUUGAGAAUAUGAUCAGUAGACAAUGUACGUGUAGCAGUUUUGUUUAACAGACAUAACAUCAACAAAGACAAGAUUGAGUUUCAGUAACUGGCAGCGUUUUUAUGGAAGCAUGUGGCACCUGAUAAGGCUGCAAUCUGCUUGGGUCCACUCUCACAGGAAGUAGUCCUUUGCCAAAUUACUUUCUUUUUUUUUACCCAAAUUUGAAUAAGCAGCCACAUUCAUCUUUAAAUGCAUCAGCAGUGUAUCUGCUGACAGAUUGUCACCUACAAGGGGCUCUUUACGUCAUCUUAAAGGAAUAUUUCAGGUUAUUCGUGGCCAUCAUCUGUGGCAUGCUGAAAAAAAGGGAAACGUUUAAAGUGUUUAUUUAUGGUGCUGCUCACACACCUUCACCCAUAGUAUAGUUCACCCAAAAAUUAACACUUUGUCAUAAUUUACUCGCCCUCAAGUUGUUCCAAACCUGUAUGAAGUUAGGAACUGUUUGGUUACCAACAUUUUGAAGUUCACAUCAACAGAAGUUCACACAAGUUUGGAACCAUAAACGAUGACAAAAUGUUCAUUUUUGGGUAAACUAUCCCUUUAAAUGCAUUUCCCAUUUGCUUGCUUGCCACUGAUGCAAUUUUAUAUGAACUUAAACUUUCAAUUUUUGUCUCUGUUAAACAGACAACAUGUCACAAAUACUGGCCAUAGAGAUUUUACUAUUCAUUCAAGUACCUUCAUACUCUACCUCCCUCAGUGCUCGCCAUCUCGUUCUCUCUGAGCGCUUAUGGAUGUUGCCUCUGACAGCCAGAACAGUUGCAUGUCAUGUGCAAAUUUGCCAAUGCAUGUACACACAAACACCCCCUCAUAAGCAUGCCCCCUCCCCUGCAUAUAUAACUUGUGCCAAGAGUCGAGUAAGUGUGUGUUGUGUUUGGAUGCAGCCAUGCGUUUCUAUGCUGCUGAAGGGAGGAAUGCAAUUUCAGUGUUGUUCUGCUCUGGCAAAAAGAGCUUUGGCAGUGAUGGAUAGUACAGCGCAUUCUUCCUCUCAAGCAGAUUCCCACAGGCGAGCAGAUGGCUGGGCCCAGCUCGCCCCCUGCAGGCGGCGGCGGGCAUGCUGCGUGGGCACAGCCAGGUUUUGUGCUGCCCCUCUAGGGCAGAUUACGCCCUCCUCAGCAGACCAUGCCAGCUCCUGGACAAUAACGACUGCCCAUGCACCAUUACCGAAUGCAAUAAGCACUCCUCCUACCCUCCAAAAGUAACGAUGCACUGAAAUGUUACAAUUGUGAAUGUGCCAAACUCAUGACUACUUUGCAAAUGUAUGUACAGGUGUACUGUUCUGUUUGCCAAAUGCAAGAUGAUUUAAAGUUUUCGAAAGACUGUCAUCUGUACUGGGAGAUAAUUUAUAAAUAUUACAUUUAUCAACUAAAAUAUCAACUAAUAUUAAAUUCCAAAGCACAGUAAUUCUAGGAUCACAAGCAGUUCAAGUUCACCAGGGCAGGCUUGAAAGGACUGAGAUGAUUUUUAAAUUGUGCUUUGGGAUUUCAUAUUCAUCAAAGCUCUGCAAACAUUGCUUUUAUCAUUAUUAAUUUACUGAGAGCACUGUUCAACACCCAAGCAUGUUCACAGCAAAUCUUCUUUAUAAGAAGACAAACAUUUACACCUUUAAUUGUGUAACCUCGUUUGAAAGCAAUUUAUUUUUUUGUUAGCUUAACAUGAUAAAAGAUACACUGAAAUGAAGAUGAUUAUCUGUAGAUAGUAUUACCAGAAGAGGUUUUGUAAUUAUAAAGACAAACUAUUCAUAUAUUGUUAUGGUGCAGCUUGUUUAUUAGCACGCUAUAGAAAAAAAAUAAGAAGUUUCAUACGUUCCAGAAGAAACAAACAGGCCCACGUUUUUGUUCAGUGGCCAAUUUAAUUAUUUCUCAUUGGAUAAAUGCAGCUUAUAUUUUGGUGGAUGCUUCUGCACCUUCUUAAUUUUGCAGAGGAUACUGUUCAAAUAUUUCUGUACUGUUCUCUCAGUGUGCUUGUGCAAGUAGUUAUAUUUUUAUUAAUAAAAAUUGGUGUAAGCAG